CUCACCCAGAUCUGACUUCUUGUUUUCACUUGAUUCUGAAGGAUGCGUUAUGAGGUGUUUUGUUGAGCCGGAUCGUCUAGGGGUGGACGUCUGGACACUUUUCUGUCUGCGGACUGCUGAGGGACGGAAGAUUUCUGCAGAUGUUUGGUGAAAGUAGAGAAACAAUGGCCGACUGCAGAGAUGAGCAGGCUGAAACCGAGAGGAGAAUGAUCCUCCAGCCGAGCUCUGUAGAAGACCCCAAACUCAACAAACUGAAAGAGACUUUGGUGGACUGGAUCAACAGAACUCUUAAGGUGGAACACAUUGUGGUGAGAACGUUGGAGGAAGACCUGUACGACGGGCUCGUCCUUCAUCACCUGCUGCGUAGGUUCACAGGUGUUCAGUUACAGGUGGAUGAAAUCGCUCUGGCUGCUGACGCUCAGUUACGCAAACUCGAGGCGACCCUGACAUCUCUGAACGAGAUCUUAGAGAUUAACGCGGAAAAGGCCAAAUGGAACGUAAAACUCAUUCACAGCAGAGACCUGUUGGCUACGUUGCAUCUUCUGGUCGCCAUGGUGAAGCGUUUCCAGCCUGAUCUCGUCCUGCCUGUGAACGUCAGCGUUGAGGUUAUCCAGUGUGAGGUUACAAAAAGUGGCAUCAAGUCAGACAAGCAGAUUGAAUUCAUCACCUCUCAACGUAAUUCCAGCGGAGAUCCUGCAGGAGAAUCUAACAAGGAAUGUCCCAUCCACGAGCUCUUUAAACUGGAAGCACACAAAAUUGAGACGGUGAAAAAGGCAAUUUUACAUUUUGUAAAUAAGAACAUGGCAUCGCUGGGACUAAACGUGACUGAUUUCGAUAAACAGUUUUCAGAUGGAGUAAUUCUGCUGCUGUUGAUCGGUCAGUUGGAAGGGUUCUUCAUCCCAUUGUGUGAGUUCCACCUCUGUCCCGUCGGUUCUGAGGAAAUGGUCCAUAAUGUAAAGCUUGCGUUGGAUCUGUUGAUUGACAGACAGUUUCCAGUGGAGUCAGUUGAUGCUCAGGAUAUUGUUUCCCAAGAUGUUCCAGCGACUGUAAAAGUGUUGUAUUAUUUAUUCAGGAAAUACAAAAACACAUAAACUUCCCAUCACAUUUCCCUCUCUCUAAUAUUUCAAUUCAAUUUCAUAAAGUUUCCAGUAAUCAAAAUGAUGGUAAAUUUGUGGCCUUUCUUCACAUUAGAGAAGAUAGUGACCUCUCAAAGUGACUUUUUGAGCACAUAACAGCACACAGACUUUUGAAUACAGUAGCUCAUCUCAUCAUGAAAAUUACAUUUGGAUGCUGACAGCUUCGAUUUAAUGUCACCUUUGUGGACAAAUGUGUAUUAGACUGAGUCUAUCAUCCAAUCAUUUUCUGCUGACUUGCAGCUUGUUUGUUAAAUAAAAGUGGCAUCUUAUAGCUCUGAACCGACCUCUUAAGCACUUUAAUAUAUAUGCAUCAAAUCAGAAACUGUAUAAACGCCAAUGACACAAUCGCUCGAUUCCCAAGCGGUGGAACCCGGGCUCAUUGACGUCAACAGUAAAGGGCAUUUCUCUCUUUUCAUCCUCCUCCGUAAUUUAAUUUCCUUAAUGUGUCUUCUCUGAAAUUGGAUACGGUGAAUGGCUUUCAUUUAAUGUGAAAAAAGCAUUAUGGGCAGUUUAAGCGGGGUCUAUUCACUGCAAAUGUGUCGGGGUUCAAGGUGCGGGCGGAUUGAUUCUCUCGAGUCGUUGCCCGUGGGUAAUUUCUAUUACGCCCCAGACCGACAUGUUAUUCUCAUGCCAGUUUGUUAUUCAUUCAUAUCAGUAACCACAUUCUUUCAACCUUUCUUAUGCAUUAUUAUGGGUGUUAGGGUCCUAAAAGAAAUCUAUUUAUGCGAUGGAGACUCCGGCAGCGAGAGACGUGUGGGUCGACAGGCCGACGUACAGAUUUUCUCACUUUAAUAACUUUAAAAACAUCCCACACCAUGACCCCAAGUGACCCGGUCGCAUUCUGAUUCCGCCCGUCCCCGACAAGUGCUCUCGGUCAUGUAGCCUAUGAAUGUAUUUGGAUGUGCAGAGAUGGUGGGGUUGUUUCUGACUGACGGGGGGUUACUGACGAACGGUCGAAAUGAGCCCAAACGGCAACCCCCCACAGUGACCGAAGCCCCCCGCCGACAUCUCAUCAUCACAGGCCUCGGGCUGUGAACACGGAUGACUCACCGCUGCUAAUCUUUUACACGAUAUCCUUGAUCACCCGCACGUCGAUCCAAAGCCACAUGAACAUAAAAGGAGAUGUUUGGAUGAAAACUGGCCACUUUUUCCAUGCAAUUACAGUGAAAGAGACUGAAGUCUUCAAGCUCAAACAAGGAUGUGAUGCACUCUUAUUAGUAGCUGAAAGCACAACCUUCACAUUUAUCACAUUUGAUUUGUCAAGAAACGCUCGAGUACGAGCAAAACUCUCUCAAUGACAGAUGAGUUUCUUGAGGGGUCCAACAUCUCCAGAAGUGAAAGUGAAAGUGAACUAUUAGUCAGAUAUGGUGACCCAUACCCGAAACGUGACGAAGAAGUUUCCAUAUAAGCUCUGGAUGAACAAAUCGAGGCCAAUUCUGCCAUCUAACGGCAUAAUAAAACGCGCACUCAUCUCCUGUCCACACACCAUCUCCUUUGAUCAGCUUCUCCUUGAGCUUUCGUUCAGACCGACCAAUUACCCUAAACCAAAGAUAGAGGAGCUACAGGACAUGAUGAUGGCGCUCGGCUGUGCGCUGAGGGUAAUUGGGCUGCUGUCUGCCAAAAACAUCACUUUGGACUCCAUCCAGACAUAUUCAAAACGUAUUGCUCAGAACAUGAUGUCACUCGAGUUUGAAUCCCCGUUCGUUGGUCAAAACACGAGAACAUCAAUCUUGAUUCAUGGCCUUUGGAAAAAGUGUAUUAUAUUCAAUAUCAAAUGUUAUGAAAUGACAGAAGAUGGUUUACUAGUGACACUAUAUAAUCUUCUGUAAGCACAAUAUUGAUGUCGCUGUCUAUGACAUCAGCUUAAGAUGCUAGUGAGAGGUCAUCAGCCAAUCACAAUCAACAUGAUGUCAUUUCCUGUUCCUGUUGCUCCAGAGUAAUCAGUCACAUGAUAUUAAUACCAGCCUCUGAUUUCAGACGAUGAGGAAAGAUGGCAGCAGGCGGGAUAAGUUUGCGCAAUUGAGACGAAUAGACUGCGAACAACAAGGACGUGUGGGAACAUUGGAGUUGUAGAGGAAAGCGCUAAUUUUCAAGAUGAUUCCCAUGCACGACACGUCAGUCAAAUGGUUACAGACAUCUCACCCCGUCAUUCCCCCGAGCUUCUGUCCAUCACUCCAUCACACAACACCGACGGAUCAGAUGCCAUUCAAAGACACUGGCAGCGUUUCUCACGCCAACAGGAAGGAAACUGCACGUAGCCGUCGAAUGAAAACACAAUGAUCUGACCCACAUAAAGACUUUCAUGAAAAGGCCGUAUUGAAUUCCCUUACGGCUAUUUUAGUCGGGGGACCCCCGUUUGUGGUUUUCUUUUUCGAUCUUUCUUUCUGUAUAACAGAUGUUCCCCUCUGAGCCGGGGCCAAUUCUGCCAUUUCCCACAAUGCUCUUGGGGAAAAUGCUCUUUAAAGAUCUCCACCAGCUGACUUUAAACCCUCAUAUGAUGGUCUAUUCAUGUCUGUUUUAAGACCAUGCUGUGCUUUUUUAGUGGUGACACUGAGCUCCAAAGAAUUCUGAGAUUUGAACUAAACUGCAGAAAGAAUGAAACUGAACAUGAAGCAAAAAGUUUCCUUGUGUUAAGUGUUAAUGAUGUUAAAGCUGGGGCCAAUAAGCACAUGGUUAUAUGUUCUGUGUAACUGUAAAUUGACACGUGUGAAGAUGAUAUGUGUCAUCUCUGUGCAAAACAAUUGACUUUAAAUAAAUUGCCCCAACCAUUGUUUGGACAAACAGAUAAUCCUGCUGAAAACUCAUGACAUUCCUGUUUUAUUUGGAAAUAUAUAAAAGUGAAGAGGU